UUAUUCAACACCAGAAUUAGAACAAUGUAAAAUCAGACUGUUAUUUUUUUGAGGAUGUGAUUUGUCUGAGAUGUUAAUUUGACCUGUGUUUCGAUUCAGAUCCCAUUACCUUCCGAGGCAAUGUUCUCGAGGUUUCGUGCUGAAUGCACCAGAUUUAAUGCAAGGUGUUUUACUGAGAAGACUAUACGGGCUGUAUCGGAGUUUAUAGAUAUACGACACGAAGACACUCUUUUUAGAAGUUCCGAACGAACAAAUAAACUUUCCUCCGCGCGAGAAGUGACCAAUAUUACUCAGGCUGUUAAGUUUAUGAUGAACAAAAUCAUACUUGAAUCUUCGGGAACUGAUUAUCGAUUUAAAGUGAAGCAACUCCAGCUUAUUGGAAGCAUGUAUGAGGACACCAAAAUUAGGAAGCAGAACGAAUUCGACUUUUUCGCCGUUUUUGGUUACAAUAUCUUAAAAGAUAAAAAUAUCCACUUAGAACCAGGAUGUCGCCCAGGUUUUACCAAGAUUCGCAUAAACGGUAGCUCCCAUGAAUUAUCUGACUGCUGUCAGGGACUGUACCUGUCCCCUCAUGUCUGUAUGAAGAAGUUUGAAAGUCUUCUCCCUUCUCAGCUGGGAGAUUUUGAACCGGUUAAAACCACUUCCGGUAUACUGCGUGGAUGGAAGAGGAGAAAGAGGACGUUUGAUUUGGUUUGGGAGAAUGGAGACUUCAGUAUGAUUAUAGCUGUCGAUGUGAUGCCAGCUUUCCUUGUGUACUACAAGAACUUACCAAAAACCCUACGUGAAGAUUGUACUGACAACAGAAUGGACCAAAUAGGGGCUGACCACUCUAGUUUCUUGAUCCCAAGGUCCUGUGAACAUCAUAACGAAGGCAAGUGUUGGCACAACUCGUUUGCACAUGCCGAAAGCACAUUGAUUAAAAAUAUGGAUAAUGAGAAAAAGAGAUGCCACCGUGUGUUGAAACUAUUGUUCGUAAGCAGUGACAGGUUUGGUAACCCCAAUUUUUUGUCGUCCUAUUCGCUCAAAUCAACUAUAAUGUACAAGUCAAAGAGGUGCUAUGAGAAUGAAUUUCAUUUCCUGCUUUACGUUUUCGUCCACUUUGCAAAGUGUUUUGAUCAAACAUGUAUGCCAACUUAUUUUUUGACAAAAACCAAUAUUUGGAAAAACAUAAUUGAGCACAGAACACAUAACAGUUGGGGGUCCAAUUUUCUCUAUGAUUUCCGUUUGAGUCGACAGAUUUUGCGGCACGUCAGCAAUGCGGAUCUAGAAGAGCGUUUUGCUGCCUGGAAUGUAGCUGUUGUGCUUGAAUUCUGGCGCCGGAUGAUGAUCCUACUAGUCGUUUUGUUCUCCAGGGCACAGUCUUCUAUGACAAUUGACUUCUUUCUUAGUGUCAUUUACCACUCACAAGCGAAGCAGGAUAAGUUUUAUAUGGACUAUCUAACAAACAAAAAAGUGAACUGGCUAUUAUCGGCCUCCCAGUACGACGUGCUUACAAUACGGGCAAACCAUAGAAAAAUGAUACGGACACUGGACAUACCUGUCUUCACUGAACUAACUAACGAGUUACAAAAGUAUGGAAUGCUAGACGUAAAUGCUCUGAAUAGCUUAGUGAAAGAAAAUAGAUACGACUUCAAGAUAGCACACAACUCAUCAGUUAGCCUUGAUGUACACAGAUACGCAAACAUUUAUUUGCCUUAUAGAUCUUCCUGCAGAACCGAGGCCAUAUACCGCCAUAAUAAGUAACAGAAUACGUGAAAACACGAGCAAAAAGUGAUAAAAAAGACAAGAAUUUACCACGUCUGAAAUACAUGUCAUCGAACAGAUUAAUUAUUUUGGGUUAGAAUCAGAACAAAGCCGCAAGACACAAGCAAGAUUUGUCUUAGGAUCUACUAAUCAUGCUAAUGUGUCUCAUUCUAAGGUUGGGAAUAAGGCGGGCCACCAAUGAAGUAAUUUUAGGUCCUUCGACAUGACCUUGGCACAAGUAAAGUCCAUGCAGUAUACAGAGUAUACUAACAUAAGGAGAAAUAUGAUAAUGAUUCCGGAUUCAUGCAUAAACAAUAGUAAUUCACGCUGAUGAACGAAAUGGCAUUUUGUAAAUUAAAAAAGAAUUGUUUGUUUAACGUAUCGUCGAGAAGAUGAAUGUAUUGUUUAUCCAAAUUCAAAAAGAAAAGGGGAGAUAAGAGAAGUGUUGUAUAUUAUAGGUGCGGCAGGACUUCCAGCCCUCAUAGGCUGUCAAAAA